GCCCUCGCCGUCCUUGCGGCCGCCACCGGGACCGAGCCCGCGGGCCAGUGCGCGACGGGCAACCUGCAAUGCUGCAACAGCGUGCAGAGCGCGAGCGACCCCGCCGCGGCGACGCUGCUCGGGUCCCUCGGCAUUGCCGUGCAGAGCGUCACGGGCCUCGUCGGCUUGACGUGCUCGCCGAUUGGCGUGGUUGCGGUUGGGAGCGGUGAUGCCUGCUCUGCGAACCCUGUGUGCUGCUCGGACAAUUCUUAUGGCGGUCUCGUCUCCAUCGGCUGUGUCCCGGCCACCCUCUAG